AUGGCAGGCAAGGCCCCCAACACACGUUCCUAUGGAGCUGCGGCUACGGCCCCGCCUCCCUCCAACUAUGGAGGGCGAGGCGCGUAUAAUCCAGACAGCCUCUUUUCGGGGGCUCGCGAUUGGCAAAAUGAUGACGUAGAGGCGUUGGCUUCAGACCAGCGUUCGCGGCUUCUUCACACAAACGAACGCCUCGACGACCACAGCGACCGCCUCGCCCGAGCCCACCGCACGGCGCUGCAGAGCGAGCAGAUCGGGUACGAGAUUCAGGGCCAGCUGAGGGAGGACCGGGAGAAACUCGAACGAGCCUACGGCAAGAUGUCAAUGAUAACAUGA